GGCAGUGCUGUCGCCAACGGAGAGUCUGUAGUUAUUAGUCCGCCGCAGAAAUGGAUGACUACCGAGCAAAUUCCAAAGCCCAGCUCGCUCUGGAGGACGAUGUGGCUGCCAAGACUCCCAGCAAGAUCCCUCUCAUUUUGGUGGGAAUAUUCGCAGCGGCCACCAUUGCCUUGACUGUCACUACAGUUGUUUUCGUCCUGCAGAAGAACGACAUCGCUAACGAACUGGACGAGUUGAAGGCUACCAGUAAACCAACUCAACCUGUUCCGCUCUGCACCACAAAGCAGUGCUACGACUCGGCUUACGUUUACUUGAGCAGUAUGGAUCCUAGCAAGAAUCCCUGUGACAAUUUCUUCGAAUACGCCUGCGGCGGCUGGACCGAACGCUACACAGUUCCCGACGACCGAACCAGCUUCUCUACCUUCACUUUACUCAGAGACGAUCUGGCAGACAAGCUAAAAGUUCUGUUUGAACAAAGUCCGACUGCUGGCGAGCCUGAUUCGUAUCACAUUGUGAGGAAUGACUACAAGUCUUGUGAGGACAUGGACACCAUCAACGAGCUUGGGGCCAAACCUCUGACUGACCUGCUCACGUCGCUCGGCGGUUGGCCGGUCCUCGGAGACAACCCGGCGGGCGGGAACUGGGACUCAGCCGCUUUCGACUUUGAGAAGCUGUGGGCCGACAUCAAGGGCAAAUACGGCGUACAAAUGAUUGUUGCCUCAGACGUGUGGCCGGAUCCCCAAAAUACAGCCAAGUACAAGUUGGAUAUUGACGAACGCGAUGAGCCUGAUGACUACAGGGUGAAGAUUCUGUUGGAGGAGAGGUAUUCCAAAGAGAAGCAAGCCUACCUUCAGUACCUGAUCGACAUUGCCGUGGCGCUUGGAGCGAACGAAACAGUCGCAACACAAGACAUGACCGACCUCAUCGAGUUUGAAUCAGCCAUGGCAAAUCUGACUGUUGUACAUCCAGACGAGGGCUGGGUCGAAAUCACCCUCAAGGAGAUUGGAAUGGAUGUGAUUGACUGGGUGCGUUUUUACAAUCUGAUGUUGCCAGCAAGUGUCAACCCACGCGUUACUGACAACGAACCCAUCAUCAACUACAGGACUAACUACAUUUCCAACGUCACAAUGUGGCUCAAAGAUCAAAGUGAAAGAGUCAAGGCCAACUACAUGAUAUGGCAGCUUGUCAGCCGAAUGGUGCCCUUCAUGAACGAGACGUUCCUGGCCAUCCGACAGAAAUACCAGGAGACUGUCGACGGCACCACUUCUCCAACAGCCCGCUGGAAGACGUGUGUCUCCAACGCCAAUGACCAGUACGAGUUCAUCAGCGGCAGGAUGUACGUGGAUGAACACUUCCCAGAAGAUGCCAAGCAGAAAACCCUAGACAUGAUACGCAAUCUGCAGACAGCUUUCAAGUCCAUGCUGGAAACGAAUGACUGGCUACAAGACGAAGAUAAGCCUAAAGCUGCCGAAAAGGCGGAUGCAAUGGCUAUUGAAAUUGGCUACCCAGAGUGGAUAAAAGACAACGCUAAACUUGACGCGGAGUACGCCGAUCUGACUGCCAAGGACAAGGAAUAUUUCCAAAACAGCUUGAGGUACCGUGAGUGGAUCUCUCAGGCCGAGCUGGCACUCUUACGGGAGGAUGUUGAUACUGAAAACUCACUGUGGUCAAUUGUAGGACCAGCUGUUGUCAAUGCAUUCUACAGUCCAAGCAGAAAUGGAAUUCUGUUUCCGGCAGCUAUCCUCCAACCACCUUUCUACCAUAAGGAUCUUCCCUGGUAUUCCAAUUACGGUGGUAUUGGUGUGGUCAUAGGACACGAAAUAACGCAUGGUUUUGAUAACAACGGACGACAAUACGACAAAGACGGCAACUUCAGGCAGUGGUGGACUCAGGAGUCCAUUGACAAUUUCAAAGAGAAAGCCCAGUGCAUAAUCGAUCAAUACUCCGGCUUUGUUAUGCCAGAAAAUGGCAGACACCUAAACGGAGAGCAAACGCAAGGUGAAAACAUCGCUGACAAUGGAGGUCUCAGAGAAUCUUAUAAGGCCUACAUGGACAACAUUCCUAAGCAGCCUCGACUUCCUGGUGUUGAUUUCACCGAGGAGCAGAUGUUCUUCCUUUCAUUUUCUCAGAUCUGGUGUAGUGUGUUCAAACCCGAAGGUGUGGAUAACUAUAUCGACAAUGGAGUGCACAGCCCCGGCCGAUACAGAGUCAUUGGUCCACUGCAGAACAACGAGGCGUUUAACGCUGCAUUCAACUGCCCGACCGGAAGCUACAUGAAUCAAGAUGUCAAAUGCAAAGUUUGGUAUUAAAUUCGUUAGUUCAUGAAAAUGCACAAAUUUGACAUCAAAGACGCUAAGCUGUAACUAUAAUUUUGUCGA